ACACCUCCAAUCCGCUGCGUGUCUGCGGCGCGCAUCCUGCCGGAGCGGAGCCGCUCCGGAGCCGGAUGCAGGAGCGCCCCGUCCGCUUUAAAUCAGAGAUAUUUGAGGUGUUUUCCCAGAUGAAACUAAAGAGCUGCAAUCAUCUCCAUGGCUUCUUCUCCUCCUGAUGCCUUUCUAACAGAAACCACUUUGGAUGCUUCCUGCGCGUCAGCAGCCGCCCAGCUGUCCACCCACGCGCAUGUGUCACGCAAAGCUCAGUAGAAGACAUAAAGCAGGCGUGGAUGUUCUGCCCUGACCGGAUCUGGAUGGAGUCAGGAGAAGGAGGCCGACUCCCGCAGCAACCGAGCUGGACCAUCAGCCACAGGCUCCUGUGAUCAGAGCAUCUUCAUCCUCAUCCUCCUCCUCCUCAGCCAGAGGAGCAUCUCCUGAUCCAUGGAUCUGUAGCUCAGGGAAGGGUGUGGUUCUCAGCUUAGGAGCAACUUUACUGAGGCUGAUGGAUCUAAAGAGAGUGCUGUCCUUCCCUCCAUACCCCGGGGAUUACCUACAUCCUGUGGUGUACGCCUGCACCGCAGUCAUGCUGCUCUGUUUGCUUGUUUCCAUUAUGACCUACAUCGUGCACCACAGUGUCAUCCGCAUCAGCAGGAGGGGCUGGCACACACUCCUCAACCUCUUCUUUCAUACAGGACUGACAUUUGGGGUAUUUGCUGGAGGCAUCAAUCAGAUUCACUUUCCUUUGGCUUGUCGGAUUAUUGGGAUUUUACUCCAUUAUGCUUCAUUAUCAACAAUGCUGUGGCUGGCAUUAACUGCUAGGAACAUUUGUAAAGAUGUAUGCAAAGAUCCACUUCGAGCCCAGGAAAGGAGUGGUCCAGUCAAGAAACGCUCCAAACUUACUGUCCUGAGAUAUUAUCUUGUGAGUGAUGGAGUACCUUUGAUAGUUGUAGCCAUUACCGCUGGCUUUGGCAUAGAUAACUACGGCAGCAGGGACGGAGCCUUGUAUUGCUGGAUGGCAUGGGAACCUAGUCUGGGAGGCUUUUAUGCCCCAGUGGGUCUUCUGGUCUUAGUCAUGUUCACAUACUUUUUGAUUACCUACAUCCAGCUAAAGCGCCACCCGGAGAGGAAGUAUGAAUUGUGCCUUCUAAAUGAGGAUCAGCAGAUGUUGUCAUCCGGUGAGUCAAACCAUCAUUGUCAGGGUGGCGGUGGUGGAGCUUCGGGAUCCAGUGGAGACUGCCUUCCAUUUUCUACUGGAGUAUCUGUGCUUGCCAACGAACACUCUUUUAAAUCGCAACUCAGAGCCACCUUCUUCACACUGUUUCUGUUCCUGGCAACGUGGACUUUAGGGGCAUUGGCUGUAUCACAGGGAUAUUUCCUGGAUAUGAUAUUCAGCUGCCUUUAUGGGGCCUUUUGUGUCACUCUGGGCCUGUUCCUUCUUAUCCAGCACUGCGCCAAACGGGAUGAUGUGUGGAAUCGUUGGUGGGUGUGUUGCCAUUCCAAAACCAAGAUAGAGGAUGGAAAUACUGAUGGCCAAAGUCAGAGCCAGCAGCCGCACUGCCAUCUCAGCUCUCCGUGUUCAGGCAAGCAGCUGCUGCUUUCUUCGCAUCUUUUGCAGAGUUCCUUCGACAAAAUGACGCCACCUCCUCAUAGCCCAAGUCCAAGUAACACAGGUCCAUGUUGUGUGGCUGUAAUGAGUCCAGCAUCCCCUAUUCCAUCCCUUAUUGAACCAUUAUCCUCACCACGUCCACAUUCACUACCUGAUGAUCUCCCACGUCCAACUCUUCCCCUGCAGAGAUGCCUUACUGAAAGAGCAAAGUCACGCUCUUUUAACCGUCCACGCCCUUGCCUACAGGACUACCGCUCACAUAUGACUUCCCUAAGUAUGGAUGGAAGUGUGCAUUCUUCCCACAGGGACAGCCCUCUGCCUUCACAUCAUCUGGAAGGAACAUCAUUGGGUUCCAAUAGCCCGCUUCCAGAUCUUCAGCUUCCUUGUCCUAGCCCAAACUUGGAUAAGCAGAUCACUUCCUGCCACACCUUACAACGCCAAACCUCCUGCCAGAGUGCACAGGACUCAGUGACUUCCUGCCAUGGGCAUGUUCACAACAUGUACGAUAGUAUAAAUUCCUGUCACAGCCUUCUCCUGCCUUCUCAAGGGCUCCAUUCCUGCCAGUGGCAUAAGUAUGGUUCAGUGAAUCCCUCUUGUAAUGCAGCCUGUUGUGAAUCUGAUCCCUUUACAUCACAAUGUGAAAAAGACCCCCAAACCUACUGUGGCACAUCAAAGACAGAGGAUCUUGACACGGAGCAAAGAGGCUUCCCAAGAAACACCCUGCCUCGACAGCAUUCCACCAUUGGCCGGCGAGGAGUCAUUGGUCGAAACAGGAGUCUGCAAGAAGAUGGCCUCUUUGGUUCCGAUGCUACAGGAAAUAUACGGACUGGCCCUUGGAAGAACGAAACCACAGUUUAGCAGUAAAGUCUGCUAACACUGUCUUUGUUGAGUAUGAUUUGGGUUUGCUGGUGAAGAUUCUCAGUCAUCCAGGUCAUAGUCAUUUCAAAAAAGUUAAAAAACAAUCCA